AGGAAGCAAUCCGAGCUGGGAGUCUGGCGCCUGCAGGAAAGGGGGGCCGGAGUGGCGAGCGAGGCCCAAAAGAGAUGGCAGAAAGCCGGGAGGAGCGAGUGGGGGUGGAGACAGGGAGGGGAAGCCAAGGGGCGGGUAGGAGUGGUGGAGACAGGGAGAGAGAAAGAGAGGAGGGCUGGAGGGUGGAGAGAGGGGAGGAAGGGUGGGGAGAAGCGGAGAGGAAGCGCGAAGGGGCCUCGGAGGGACGCGAGGAGGCCGCCGCGGGCGCAGCGGGCACGUCGGCCGGGCCACCCCCGCGAGCCGGGCGCCGCCAUUCCGCUACUCGGGGCUCCGCCGCCGCCGCCGCCGCCGCGCCUGGGGGCCAUGCUCCCGCCGCCCCCGCGCCAGCCCCCGCCCCAGGCGCGCGCGGUCCGCGGGGCGGUGCGCCUGCACAGGGCCUUCCUGCGCGGCCCGCUGGGCGUGCUGCGGCUGCUGCAGCUGCUGGCCGGCGCCGCCUUCUGGAUCACCAUCGCCACGAGCAGGUACCAGGGCCCCGUGCACUUCGCGCUCUUCGUGUCCGUGCUCUUCUGGCUGCUGACCCUGGGCCUCUACUUCCUCACGCUGCUGGGCAAGCACGAGCUGGUGCCCGUGCUGGGUUCGCGCUGGCUCGUGGUCAACGUGGCGCACGACCUGCUGGCGGCCGCGCUCUACGGCGCCGCGACGGGCAUCAUGAUCGCGCAGACCCAGAGCCACAGCUACUGCAACCUCAAGGAUUACCAGAUGGCCUGCGCCUACCACGCCUUCUUGGCGGCCGCCGUCUGCGGAGGCCUCUGCCUCGGCCUCUACCUGCUCUCGGCCCUCUACGGCUGCUGCCGCCGCUACCAGGGGGAGCAGGAGGUGGCGUGAGCCGCCGCGCCGCGGGGCGGGGACCCU